CUGCGGCUCCGCGCGGCCUGCAGUCCCGGGCCCGCGCCCCGCGCCCCGCGCCGCCCGCAAUGGAGCCCGGCCCCGACGGCCCCGCCGCCAUCCGCGAGGGCUGGUUCCGCGAGACGUGCAGCCUGUGGCCUGGCCAGGCCCUGUCGCUCCAGGUGGAGCAGCUGCUCCACCACCGGCGCUCGCGGUACCAGGAUAUCCUUGUCUUCCGAAGUAAGACCUACGGUAACGUGCUGGUGCUGGAUGGCGUCAUCCAGUGCACGGAGAGGGACGAGUUCUCCUACCAAGAGAUGAUAGCCAACCUGCCUCUCUGCAGCCAUCCCAACCCCCGAAAGGUGCUGAUCAUCGGAGGCGGAGAUGGUGGCGUCCUGCGGGAGGUGGUGAAGCACCCCUCCGUAGAGUCUGUGGUCCAGUGCGAGAUCGACGAGGAUGUCAUCCAGGUCUCCAAGAAGUUCCUGCCCAGCAUGGCUGUUGGCUACUCCAGCUCAAAGCUGACCCUGCAUGUGGGCGACGGUUUUGAGUUCAUGAAACAGAACCAAGAUGCCUUCGAUGUGAUCAUCACUGACUCCUCGGACCCCAUGGGCCCCGCGGAGAGCCUCUUCAAGGAAUCCUAUUACCAGCUCAUGAAGACGGCGCUCAAGGAGGACGGCAUCCUCUGCUGCCAGGGCGAGUGCCAGUGGCUGCACCUGGACCUCAUCAAGGAGAUGCGCCAGUUCUGCAAGUCCCUCUUCCCGGUGGUGGCCUACGCCUACUGCUCCAUCCCCACCUACCCCAGCGGCCAAAUCGGAUUCAUGCUCUGCAGCAAAAACCCGAGCACCAACUUCCGGGAGCCGGCGCGGCCACUGUCGCCGGCACAAGUGGAGCACAUGGCGCUGCGCUACUACAACGCGGACGUGCACCGCGCCGCCUUCGUGCUGCCCGAGUUCGCCCGCAAGGCCCUGAACGACGUGCGCUGACCGGAGCCGCUGCAGUGCCGCCCAGGACCGCAGACUGGACGGGGCGUCCCCAGCGUGCCCAGGCCGUGGCCCAGACCAGACCCCCGCCAGCUCUCGCCCACCGACCAAGUGUUACAGGCCCCGAAUGCUGCCCGGCCUGCCCUGCUGGGCACUCUGUCUGUCUGUCUCUCUGGCGUUCCGCCCAAGCCUAGACCAGCUCUGUACAGACGCCUCUCUGCCCUCUCGCCCCUCAGCAAACACGUGUAUUUAUAACAAA